GGCACCGGAGACCAGCUUGCCCUCGCGCUACUAGAGGUCGCGUUCUUCCGCUGCUCCCUUUCGUUCUGUCGGGCGGAGCCUUCCGUGAGCACAGCUGGAUUUGUCUGUGCUACCGUCUCUCUUCUGGGUUUCAAUAAAGUUUUCCUCUUCCUUCCCCUGUACGGAGCUCAAGAUGGCGGCCUCUUGGUCGCCCUUGGUUACCCUGCGCUUAGCGCCGAGCCGGCUGAGAGGAAGAUGUGUCCGGUGCAGGGCUUGGGCCGCUGCUCUCCCCCCUUCGGUCACCGCCCCUGGAAACCCCUUUUGUAAAGCCUAUACAGUUCAGACAGCCAAGAGUAUGUCUCCAACUGCUGCUACAGAGGUUUAUUCAAAAGCUUUAGCUGUUUGCCAUGGACCACUGGACCACUAUGACUUUCUGAUCAAAGCUCGUGAGCUAAAGGACGAUGAACAUCAAAGAAGAGUCAUACAGUGUUUGCAGGAAUUACAUGAGGACCUUAAAGGAUACAGUAUAGAGGCAGAAGGCCUUUUUUCUAAGCUUUUUUCAAGGAGCAAACCUCCAAGGGGCCUGUAUGUUUAUGGAGAUGUUGGUACAGGGAAAACAAUGGUGAUGGACAUGUUUUAUGCUUAUGUGGAAAUGAAGAGGAAAAAACGGGUUCAUUUUCAUGGUUUCAUGCUAGAUGUUCACAAAAGAAUACACCGCCUUAAACAGAGUUUGCCAAAAAGGAAACCAGGAUUUAUGGCUAAAUCAUACGAUCCAAUAGCUCCUAUAGCUGAAGAAAUCAGUGAAGAAGCAUGUCUCUUAUGUUUCGAUGAAUUUCAGGUCACUGACAUUGCUGAUGCCAUGAUUCUGAAACAGCUUUUUGAAAAUCUGUUCAAAAACGGGGUCGUCGUUGUGGCAACAUCCAACAGGCCACCGGAAGAUCUCUAUAAGAAUGGACUCCAAAGAGCUAACUUUGUACCAUUCAUAGCUGUCCUGAAGGACUACUGUAAUACGGUCCAGCUAGAUUCUGGGAUAGAUUAUCGGAAAAGGGAACUUCCUGCUGCAGGAGAAUUCUACUACCUCACAAGUGAAGCUGAUGUGGAGGCUGUCAUGGAUAAGUUGUUUGAUGAGCUGGCUCAGAAACAAAAUGAUUUAACUAGACCAAGGAUUCUAAAAGUGCAAGGCAGAGAGCUGCGGCUGAAUAAAGCCUGUGGAACCGUUGCCGACUGCACAUUUGAAGAGCUAUGUGAGAGACCACUUGGAGCCAGUGACUAUUUGGAACUGUCAAAGAAUUUUGAUACAGUAUUUUUACGAAACAUUCCACAAUUUACCCUGGCAAAGAGGACCCAAGCUCGGAGAUUCAUAACUCUCAUUGAUAACUUUUAUGAUUUCAAGGUGCGCAUAAUUUGCUCUGCAUCAACUCCCGUAUCAAGCUUAUUUUUGUAUGAACAUCAUGACAGUGAGUUGGAGCAAAGCAGAAUACUGAUGGAUGAUUUGGGGCUGAGCCAGGACUCAGCAGAAGGACUCGCCAUGUUUACUGGAGAAGAGGAAAUCUUUGCAUUUCAGCGCACAAUUUCCCGACUCACAGAAAUGCAGACUGAACAAUACUGGAAUGAAGGGGACAGAAGCAAGAAGUAGCCAUCACUUUUGCAUGAAUAAAACUCUGGGCAAAUCAUUACCACAGGGAGAACUCUUUAUUAUGGGACUUGAAGGAAUCAUUUUCUCAUCAUUAAUUAAGCACUUUGUCCUCUGGACCAUUUUUAUCUAAAAUUGCUGUCAAAGAUGUAGUGGAUUAGUAAGUUAAAGCCAUUUUUAGGUCUACUUUUUGCCUAUUUAUUUGGCCUUAUUUCUGCACCACAAAAUUAAAAUCAGCACUCCUGAAGUUGAAUGUAGGACUAGGCAUUUUGGUUUCAUAUUAAGCCACCUGAAUGAACCUUGAACACACACACACACGGUAAAUGCAGGGUGUCCGGACAUCUCUGAGCUUUGGCUACAUGGUAGCCACACAAUAGAAACACAUCUUUAUGAGAGGGGAAGAAAAAACUCUACAUUUCAAUUCAAAACAAGGAAAGCUUUAUGAUAUUAUUUCUUUUCUUUUUCCCCCAUGGUACCUUAUUGACCCUGGCUUUUUUUUUUUAAACAUCUUUAUUAGAGUAUAAUUGCUUUACAAUGUUGUGUUAGUUUCUGCUGUAUAACAAAGUGAAUCAGCUAUAUGUAUACAUAUAUCCCCUUAUCUCCUCCCUCUUGCAUCUCCUUCCCACCCUCUGCAUCCCACCCCUCUAGGUGGACACAAAGCACCAAGCUGAUCUCCCUUUGCUAUGUGGCUGCUUCCUACUAGCUAUCUAUUUUACAUUUGGUAGUGUAUAUAUGUCCAUGCCACUCUCUCACUUGGUCCCAGCUUACCCUUCCCCCGCCCCGUGUUCUCAAGUCCAUUCUCUACAUCUGCAUCUUUAUUCCUGUCCGGCCCCUAGGUUCAUCAGAACCUUUUUUUUUUAGAUUCCAUAUUUUAUGUGUUAGCAUACAGUAUUUGUUUUUCUCUUUCUGACUUACUUCGCUCUGUAUGAAAGCCUCUAGGUCCAUCCACCUCACUUCAAAUAACUCUUUCAUUCCUUUUUAUGGCUGAGUAAUAUUCCAUUGUAUAGAUGUGGCACACCUUUAUCCAUUCAUCUGUCGAUGGACACUUAGGUUGCUUCCAUGUCCUGGCUAUUGUAAAUAGAGCUGCAGUGAUCAUUUCGGUACAUGACUCUUUUUGAAUUAUGGUUUUCUCAGGGUAUAUGCCCAGUAGUGGUAUUGCAGGGUCGUAUGGAUAGUUCUAUUUUUAGUUUUUUAAGGAACCUCCAUACUGUUCUCCAUAGUGGCUGUAUCAAUUUACAUUCCCACCAACAGUGCAAGAGGGUUCCUUUUUCUCCACACCUUCUCCAGCAUUUAUUGUUUGUAGAUUUUUUGAUGGUGGCCAUUCUGACCAGUGUGAGGUGAUACCUCAUUGUAGUUUUGAUUUGCAUUUCUCUAAUGGUUACUGAUGUUGAGCAUCCUUUCAUGUCUUUAUUGGCAAUCUGUAUAUCUACUUUGGAGAAAUGUCUAUUUAGGUCUUCAGCCAAUUUUUGGAUUGGGUUGUUUGUUUUCUUGAUAUUGAGCUGCAUGAGCUGCUUGUAUAUUUUGGAGAUUAAUCCUUUGUCAGUUGCUUCAUUUGCAAAUAUUUUCUCCCAUUCUGAGGGUUGUCUUUUCGUCUUGUUUAUGGUUUCCUUUGCUGAGCAAAAGCUUUUCAAUUUCAUUAGGUCCCAUUUGUUUAUUUUUUUAUUUCCAUUUCUCUAGGAGGUGGGUCAAAAAGGAUCUUGCUGUGAUUUAUGUCAAAGAGCGUUCUUCCGAUGUUUUCCUCUAAGAGUUUUAUAGUGUCUGGCCUUACAUUUAGGUCUUUAAACCAUUUUGAGUUUAUUUUUGUGUAUGGUGUUAGGAAGUGUUCUAAUUUCAUUCUUUUACAGGUAGCUGUCCAGUUUUCCCAGCACCACUUAUUGAAGAGGCUGUCUUUUCUCCAUUGUAUAUUCUUGCCUCCUUUAUCAAAGAUAAGGUGACCAGAUGUGUGUGGGUUUACCUCUGGGCUUUCUAUUCUGUUCUAUUGAUGUAUAUUUCUGUUUUUGUGCCAGUACCAUACUGUCUUGAUUACUGUAGCUUUGUAGUGUAGUCUGAAGUCAAGGAAUCUGAUUCCUCCAGCUCCAUUUUUCUUUCUCAAGAUUGCUUUGGCUGUUUGGGGUCUUUUGUGUUUCCAUACAAAUUGUGAAAUUUUUUGUUCUAGUUCUGUGAAAAAUGCCAGUGGUAGUUUGAUAGGGAUUGCACUAAAUCUGUAGAUUGCUUUGGGUAGUAGAGUCAUUUUUACAAUGUUGAUUCUUCCAAUCCAAGAACAUGGUAUAUCUCUCCAUCUGUUUGUAUCAUCUUUAAUUUCUUUCAUCAGUGUCUUAUAGUUUUCUGCAUACAGGUCUUUUGUCUCCUUAGGUAGGUUUAUUCCUAGGUAUUUUAUUCUUUUUGUUGCAGUGGUAAAUGGGAGUGCUUUCUUAAUUCCUCUUUCAGAUUUUUCAUCAUUAGUGUAUAGAAAUGCAAGAGAUUUCUGUGCAUUAAUUUCAUAUCCUGCUACUUUACCAGAUACACUGAUUAGCUCUAGUAGUUUUCUGAUAGCAUCUUUAGGAUUCUCUAUGUAUAGUAUCAUGUCAUCUGCAAACAGUGACAGCUUUACUUCUUCUUUUCUGAUUUGGAUUCCUUUUAUUUCUUUUUCUUCUCUGAUUGCUGUGGCUAAAAUUUCUGAAACUGUGUUUAAUAAUAGUGGUGAGAGUGGGCAACCUUGUCUUGUUCCUGUUUUUAGAGGAAAUGGUUUCAGUUUUUCACCAUUGAGAACGAUGUUGGCUGUGGGUCUGUCAUAUAUGGCCUUUAUUAUGUUGAAGUAAGUUCCCUCUAUGCCUACGUUUUGGAGGGUUUUUAUCAUAAAUGGGUGUUGAAUUUUGUCGAAAGCUUUUUCUGCAUCUAUUGAGAUGAUCAUAUGGUUUUUAUCCUUCAAUUUGUUAAUAUGGUUUAUCACAUUGAUUGAUUUAUGUAUAUUGAAGAAUCCUUGCAUUCCUGGGAUAAACCCCACUUGAUCAUGGUGUAUGAUCCUUUUAAUGUGCUGUUGGAUUCUGUUUGCUAGUAUUUUGUUGAGGAAUUUUGCAUCUACAUUCAUCAGUGAUAUUGGCCUGUAGUUUUCCUUUUUUGUGAUGUCUUUGUCUGGUUUUGGUAUCAGGAUGAUGGUGGCCUCAUAGAAUGAGUUUGGGAGUGUUCCUCCCUCUGCUAUAUUUUGGAAGAGUUUGAGAAGGAUAGCUGUUAGCUCUUCUCUAAAUGUUUGAUAGAAUUUGCCUGUGAAGCCAUCUGGUCCUGGACUUUUGUUUGUUGGAAGACUUUUUAAUCACAGUUUCAAUUUCAGUGCUUGUGAUUGGUCUCUUUAUAUUUUCUGUUUCUUCCUGGUUCAGUCUCGGAAGGUUGUGCUUUUCUAAGAAUCUGUCCAUUUCUUCCAGGUUGUCCAUUUUAUUGGCAUAGAGUUGCUUGUAGUAAUCUCUCAUGAUCCUUUCUUUGCAUUUCUGCAGUGUCAGUUGUUACUUCUCCUUUUUCAUUUCUAAUUCUGUUGAUUUGAGUCUUUUCCCUUUUCUUGUUGAGUCUAGCUAAUGGUUUAUCACUUUUGUUUAUCUUCUCAAAGAACCAGCUUUUAGUUUUAUUGAUCUUUGCUACUGUUUCCUUCAUUUCUUUUUCAUUUAUUUCUGAUAUAAUCUUUAUGAUUUCUUGCCUUCUGCUAACUUUGUGGGUUUUUUGUUCUUCUUUCUCUACUUGCUUUAGGUGUAAGGUUAGGUUGUUUAUUUGAGAUGUUUCUUGUUUCUUGAGGUAGGAUUGUAUUGCUAUAAACUUCCCUCUUAGAACUGGUUUUGCUGCAUCCCAUAGGUGUUGGGUCGUCGUGUUUUCAUUGUCAUUUGUUUCUAGGUAUUUUUUGAUUUCCUCAGUGAUCUCUUGGUUAUUUAGUGGCAUAUUGUUUAGCCUCCAUGUGUUUGUAUUUUUUACACUUUUUUUUCGUAUAAUUGGUAUCUAAUCUCAUAACACUGUGUUCGGAAAAGAUACUUGGUAUGAUUUCAAUUUUCUUAAAUUUACUGAGGCUUGAUUUGUGACCCAAGAUAUGAUCUAUCCUGGAGAAUGUUCCAUGAACACUUGAGAAGAAAGUGUAUUCUGUUGUUUUUGGAUGGAAUGUCCUGUAAAUAUCAAUUAGGUCCAUCUUGUUUAAUGUGUCAUUUAAAGCUUGUGUUUCCUUAUUUAUUUUCAUUUUGGAUGAUCUGUCCAUUGGUGAAAGUGGGGUGUUAAAGUCCCCUACUAUUAUUGUGUUACUGUCAAUUUCCCCUUUUAUGGCUAUUAGCCUUUGCCUUAUGUAUUGAGGUGCUUUUAUGUUGCAUGCAUAAAUAUACAAUUGUUAUAUCUUCUUCUUGGAUUGAUCCCUUGAUCAUUAUGUAGUGUGCUUCUUUGUCUCUCGUAACAUUCUUUAUUUUAAAGUCUAUUUUGUCUGAUAUGAGAAUUGCUACUCCAGCUUUCUUUAGAUUUCCAUUUCCAUCCCCUCACUUUUAGUCUGUAUGUGUCCCUAGGUCAGAAGUGGGUCUCUUGUAGACAGCAUAUAUACGGAUCUUGUUUUGUAUCCAUUUGGCCAGUCUGUGUCUUUUGGUUGGAGCAUUUAAUCCAUUUACCUUUAAGGUAAUUAUGGAUAUGUAUGUUCCUUUUACCAUUUUCUCAGUUGUUUUGGGUUUGUUUUUGUAGGUCCUUUCCUUCUCUUGUGUUUCCUGCCUAGAGAAGUUCCUUUAGCAUUUGUUGUGAAGCUGGUUUGGUGGUGCUGAAUUCUCUUAGCUUUUGCUUGCCUGUAAAGGUUUAAUUUCUCCAUCAAAUCUGAAUGAGAUCCUUGCUGGGUAGAGUAAUCUUGGUUGUAGGUUUUUCCCUUUCAUCAUUUUAAAUAUGUCCUGCCGCACCCUUCUAGCUUGCAGAGUUUCUGCUGAGAAAUCAGCUGUUAACCUUAUGGGGAUUCCUUUGUAUGUUAUUUGUUGCUUUUCCCUUGCUGCUUUUAAUAUUUUUCCUUUGUAUUUAAUUUUUGAUAGUUUGAUUAAUAUGUGUCUUGGCGUGUUUCUCCUUGGAUUUAUCCUGCCUGGGACUCUCUGCACUUCCUGGACUUGACUAUUUCCUUUCCCAUAUUAGGGAAGUUUUCAACUAUAAUCUCUUCAGAUAUUUUCUCAGUCCCUUUCUGUUUCUCUUCCUCUUCUGGGACCCCUAUUAUUCGAAUGUUGGUGUGUUUAAUGUUGUCCCAGAGGUCUCUGAGACUGUCCUCAAUUCUUUUCAUUCUUUUUUCUUUAGUCUGCUCUGUGGUAGUUUUUUCUACUAUUUUAUCUUCCAGGUCACUUAUCUGUUCUUCUGCCUCAGUUAUUCUGCUAUUGAUUCCUUCUAGAGAAUUUUUAAUUUCACUUAUUGUGUUGUUCAUUAUUGUUUGUUUGCUCUUUAGUUCUUCUAGGUCCUUGUUAAACGUUUCUUGUAUUUUCUCCAUUCUAUUUCCAAGAUUUUGGAUCAUCUUUAUUAUCAUUACUCUGAAUUCUUUUUCAGGUAGACUGCCUAUUUCCUCUUCAUUUGUUUGGUCUGGUGGGUUUUUACCUUGCUCCUUCAUCUGCUGUGUAUUUCUCUGUCUUCUCAUCUUGCUUAACUUACUGCGUUUGGGGUCUCCUUUUUGCAGGCUGCAGGUUUGUGGUUCCUGUUGUUUUAGGUGUCUGCCCCCAGUGGGUAAGGUUGGCUCAGUGGGUUGUGUAGGCUUCCUGGUGGAGGGGACUGGUGCCUGUGUUCUGGUGGGUGGGGCUGGAUCUUGUCUUUCUGGUGGGCAGGGCCGUGUUCAGUGGCAUGUUUUGGAGUGUCUGUGAACUUAGUAUGAUUUUAGGCAGCCUCUCUGCUAAUGGGUGGGGUUGUGUUCCUGUCUUGCUAGUUGUUUGGUAUGGGAUGUUCAGCACUGGAGCUUGCUGGUCGUUGGGUGGAACUGGGUCUUAGCGUUGAGACAGAGAUCCUUGGGAGAGCUCUCACCAAUUGAUAUCACGUGGGGCUGGGAGGUCUCUGAUGGUCCAAUGUCCUGAGCUCAGCUCUCCCACCUCAGAUGCUCAGGCCUGACACCAGGCCGGAGCACCAAGACCCUGUCAGCCACACAGCUCAGAAGAAAAGGGAGAAGAAAAGAAAGAAAAAAAUGAUAAUAAAUUUUAAAAGUUAUAAAAAAAAAUUAUUAAAGUAAAAAAUAUAAAAUAGUAAUAAUAAUUAAAAAAAGAAGAGCACAACCAAACCGAGAAACAAAUCCACCAAUGAUAACAAGCACUAAAAACUAUACUAAGAUAAACAUAAAAAUCAGAAACAAGUCAGUCACAGACAGCAAACCCAAAGUCUACAGUUGCUCCCAAAGUCCACCUCCUCAGUUUGGGAUGAUUCGUUGUCUAUUCAGGUAUUGCACAGAUGCAGGUACAUCAAGUUGAUUGUGGACAUUUAAUCCGCUGCUCCUGAUGCUGCUGGGAGAGAUUUCCCUUUCUCUUCUUUGUUCGCACAGCUUCUGGGGUUCAGCUUUGGAUUUGGCCCCGCCUCUGCAUGUAGGUCGCCCUCAGGCAUCUGUUCCCUGCCCAGACAAGAGGGAGUUAAAGCAGCGGCUGAUUAAGGGUCUCUGGCUCACUCAGGCCAGGGGAGGGUGGAGUAUAAUUGGAAUGUGGGGCAAGCCUGCAGUGGCAGAGGCCAGCAUGAUGUUGCAACAGCCUGAGGUGUGCUGUGUGUUCUCCUGGGGAGGUUGCCCCUGGAUCACGGGACCCUGGCAGUGAUGGGCUUCACAGGCUCGGGGGGAUGGGGUUUUGGAGAGUGACCUGUGCUUGCACACAGGAUUCUUGGUGGCUGCAGCAGGAGCAUUGGCGUUUCAUGCCCGUCUCUCGUGUCUGAGCUGAUAGCUGUGGCUCACGCCCGUCUCUGUAGCUCGCUUAGUUGGUGCUCUGCCUUCUGUGGGCAGACAGGGAAGGAAUCCCCUCUCCUCGCACACCCCGAAACAAUGGUCUCUUGCCUCUUAGGCAGGUCCAGACUUUUUCCCGGACUCCCUCCUGGCUAGCUGUGGCGCACUAGCCCCUUCAGGCUGUGUUCACGCAGCCAACCCCAGUCCUCUCCCUGGGAUCCGACCUCCGAAGCCCGAACCUCAGCUCCCAGCCCGCACCCGCCCUGUUGGGUGAGCAGACAAGCCUCUCAGGCUGGUGAGUACUGGUCAGCACUGAUCCUCUGUGCGGGGAUCUCUCCCCUUUGCCUUCUGCACCCCUGUUGCUGUGCUCUCCUCAGUGGCUCUGAAGCUCCCCUCCCCGCCCACCCCCCGUCUCCACCCGCGGAGGGGCUUCCUAGUGUGUGGAAACUUCCUCCUUCACAGCUCCCUCCCAGAGGGACAGGUCCCGUCCCUGUUCUUUUGUCUCUGUUUUUUCUUUUUUCUUUUGCCCUACCCAGGUAUGAGGGGAGUUUCCUGCCUUUUGGGAAGUCUGAGGUCUUCUGCCAGCGUUCAGUAGGUGUUCUGUAGGAGUUGUUCCACAUGUAGAUGUAUUUUUGAUGUAUUUGUGGGGAGCAAGGUGAUCUCCAUGUCUUACUCAUCUGCCAUCUUGAAGGACCCCCCUUCUCUGAUCUUAUUUUAAACUGAAGUCAAUAACAUUUUAGAAUAUGGACUUAUCCAUGUGAUUGUUGGGGGCUAUAAAUUACUCUAAAUCUCCCAGGCCUCCAGACUUCCUUACAACAGAGAGUAUGUUUUCUACCCUGAGUUCAAGCUUGGCAGGCAGGACCUGAUCUCCAGUGGACACAGAGUUGCCUGAAAAAAAUCGAGGAUUAUGAUACCAUAGAAAAAGGAGCAAGGGUGUCAAGUUCCAACUGACAGGUAGAUCCCCCAACUCUGACAGCCAGGAGGAGGACAGACACCAGGAAUGGGGACCAAUGAGAGAGUGUUGGGAGGGGCAGAGUCCUGGACACGCUAAGCAGCAGAAUGGGCUCUCCUCACCUGAGGCCAUAGGACCCUGUGGACCGCGGCUCCUUCCCACUGCUCACAUGCAUUUGCUCUGGUCACAGGAUGUCACUGCCACCCUUGCCUCUGCUUCUGCUGCGCAACGGGCCUAACAGUAAAUGGGAAAGAACGCUUGACGAACCUACUUAAAUAAAAUCCAAUUUGUCCUCCAUUGAGGUCAUUCCUUGACUAUUCAAGUACAACCUGAGUUUGCUAACUGUUGUCACAGAAGGACUUGGUUGAGGCUGCUACAAGAGUCUAAAUCCCUAUUCAAGAGACAAGAAAAAAAUGUGAAAUCUACAAAGUCUUGUGAAAAUCAACUAUUUUGGGGGAGUAGGCACAGGUGAGUCAGUUUAAAUAAAUGAUUAUAAUUAACAUAAGUAAGCUCUUUGAACCUAUGUAUUAAUAAUUUAUAAGUUAAUAAUCUAUCCAUAUUAGUCUAUUUUGGACAUUAACCUAAGUCAAUCAGAUGGAUAGAUAAGGUGCCCAAGAAUAGAGAAACAUUUAAAUCAAGCCUUCUGAAAAUUAAAUGUGAUUUGAAAAUAUUUUUAUGGAAGUGAAACAGUGAAUUCAAAAAGAGGUUAAACAGGAUAUAAGGGAGAAAGGACAGGAAAUAACCACUGUGUGCCAGAUUUAUUGCUAGACAUUUCUAAAUCUCACAUAAAAAAUAAUCCUAGAGAGAUAAUAUAAUCAUCCCUGUUUAUAGACAAAAAAACUGAGGCUUAGAAAAGUAGCUUGACCUGAGAUUCAUAGUUUACAGCUACAAAACUCAUGUACUAUGUUUUAUACCACACCACCUCUAUAAAAACGAGAUCAUUUUUAAUAGUGAUUCUUUUUUGUUUAACUCAGUGAAGAUGAACUUACAAUAGAACCAUUGCUUUGAACUCAAAAAGUAUAAAAUGUUUAACUUGAGUCUUUCAAUCUUAGCUUUUUGUUUUCACAUUUCUUUGCCAGUUAUGCUAUUCCUUAAUAAAAAGACAGUGUGAAUGGCUAGACAGACUGGUGGACAGCCUGAUCGAUAGAAACAGGAACGGUCCCUGAGUGUGUGGGUGUAUGUGAAAUAGUCCCCCACUCAAGUUCUGUUGCAAAAGUUUAUUUGAGGUCAGAUAUUUGAAACGAGAAUUUCAUUUUUCCAUAGAAACAAUAAUGUGAUGUUAGUUAGAGCCUUGACUCAAUGCACAGAAGCCUAUGGAGUUCUCAGUGUAAACGCCCUAUAAUUUUGGUACUAAAGAACUUAAACUCCUUUUAAAAUACAGUUUUUGUCAGUUUACCUAGGCCCUGUAGUUCGGGCCUAGGUACCAGGAAGGCAGAGGAGGGCUUAUCAGGAGGUAGCUGGAGAUGGUACAUUUUUAUCCCCAUCUCCUCUCCACAGAGUCUGUUUCAUGAAACAGGCUGCAAGAAAAAGAAACCAAAGACUUAAAGAAAACCUCCUACCAGGAAACAAUAUGGUAGUUCUACUAAAAAGGAAAUUAAUGCUAAAGUGAAACAUGAAAGUGACCCCUAGAUUGGAAAGCAACAUUUCAAUUCAUGUGUUUUUUCUUCCAAGUCCUGUCCCAGUUACCCUCUCAGCAUUCCAGUCUUUCUCCCUGGGAUUGCAUGAAAUCUCUCAGAGCAAAUACGCUCUCUCUCUCUUUUUUAAAAAAUGCUUUAAAUUCAUACUUUGAAGAUGGAGGUUUGAGCUGAGUAUUGCUGUGGAACACUCCCUCUCACCUAGGAGGGUCACACUGAGGGUCUUUAUAGUUGGGAAAAUGCCAAGAGUACCCUCCAAAAUGGCCACUAAUCUCCAAAUUUAGAAGAAAUCAAGUGGAGAAAAAGGAACACUUUUCUUUAAAAAAAGAAAAGAAAGAAAGAAAAAUCUGAUCACUGCAUUAUUCUUGUAUUUCUUUAGACAGUUGAUAGGCUUAUUUGUCAACAUCAGUAAUAAUGAUAUAAUAGACUUAAAGAAUGUUUAACCUAUUUCUGAUGUUUACAAGGCACCAAAGAAUAUAGUACUGUUCUAAUCAAAUUUAUGCAUUUUCAGUGGGAUUUCAAAUUUUAGUCAUAGGCAAUAUUUUAAUCUCCCUGAAUAUAUAUAUUCCUUGUACCUACAAGUGUGCAAAUAACAUAAUUUUUAAAUUACUUGGAAUUUUGAAAAAAAAUAAAAUUUUAUUUGUAAAAUAUGUAAAUGGGUAUACUCAUAUCCAUUUAUUUCUUUAACAUUAUUUAAGAGACACAUCAUGCUUACUAUGUGCUGGGCAUGGUUCUAAGUGCUUUAUAAAUAAACUAUUUUGAUCCUUAUAAUAAUUCAAUGAGAUACAUACUGUUAUACCAUUUGCAGACAGGGAAGCUGAAGUACAGAAAAUGGGUCCAACAACUGCUAAGAUGUACACUGGAGUCAGUAAAAUGAUCAAAAUACUAAUUUAAUAAACUUCCGUGUAACUGCUUCUGUCCUGAAAACAUUCUUCCUACUCCAAGUAACUUGAACCUACACUUGCAGCCCCUUCAUCUGGGGUAAAAACACCCAGAGGGAUUGGGCUCCUGGGUCCUGACAUUUGGGUUCCUGAUCAAUUGUGGGACUCCGUCUGGUAGUAAGUCUGUGAUCUUAUAAAUGACCUUCCUCAGAUCCACUAGCCUCAUAAGACAUCACUUGCUAGUAGAAAAGGAUUUUCUUUGGAGAUGAAUUUAUAACUUUUUCUUUAAGGCAGACUCAUUUUACCCACUGGCACAGCAGUUCAUUUUACUGGUACAGAAAAUUUAAAAUAAUACAAUCUAUCCUCUUGUUGAGUGUCUGCUGCCUUAUACAGCUUUGCACUAAAAACUUCACAUAUGUCACCUCAUCUCGUCUCGACUCAACCCAGUCAAAUGUGUCACCUACUGACCUGUUUGUCAUCUGUGAUGGUGUGAAAUUCCAGAAGGACAUCUGUCCAUCUUCCAAGCUCGCUCAGGAAGUCUUCCAGAGGUCAUCCUGAGAAGUUUCCUCUCUCAGGGCUGUACUUGUCGGGGCCCCAUCAGUUGAGAGCUGAUCUCUCUGAUGCACCUGCUCUUAUCCGAGUACAGAGGGAAGGGCCCUGGAUCUGGUUCUGCCAACUUUUGCUUUGUGACCUUGAGUUGGUGCUUUGAGCCUUUGUUUUCUCACAUAGAAAUGAGAACAGCAAUUUCCAUUUCAUAAAGUUAUUCUGAGGAUAGUUGGUAAAGAGCACUUUGCAAAUGGCAAAAGAUUAAAUACAUAUUAGUUGUUAUUGAUAGUGAUGAUUAUGAUCAGAAAGUAACAAUAAAUGCCUCCUCUGCUUUGCAUCAUAGCCCCUUGAAGAAUGCAAAACAAGAGAUGACCUAUCCCAACUCAAUAUGGUUUCUAGCAGAAGGGAAAAGAUGCACAUUACGUGGCUAGACACCAAGGGCACAGAAUUCUGGCUUAAUGAGAUGCUGUGAAGAUUGUUAAUUUCAAACCCAUUCUUUCAGGAUUAAUAGAGAAAAUGGAUUGUCGUCGAACAUCAAAGAUUUCCCAGAAAGAGGGCACCAUCUUGUGGUCAGUGGGAAGAACUGACAAAAAAAAAUGUCUAAGAAUCACGGAGUUGGAGAGCCAAGGUUCUCAAAAUUGUAGUUCCCAGGCCUACCCCGGAGAGUCAGACGCAGUUGGUGAGAUGUGGGACCCCAGGUAGGUACUUGGUAGAGCUCCCCGUGGGAUUCUCCCCAGGGGAUUCUAAUGUGCAGCCAGGGUUGAUAACCGCCAAUCAGGAGGUCUUUCCCCUGACCACACAGAGUUGGGCCCAUGUGGGACUCGUGACUCCUCACCAGGGCACUUCCCAGAGAGUAAACGCUGCUGCUGUGAAGCACACCAAGGCCUCUUAAGGGCCUCCCUGCCGCCUCCGAGAGCCUGUUCCUCUUCUUCCUUCCUCUGCUUCUCCUCCUUCCCUAGACUCUCCUGCCUUCUCCACCCCUACUACAGCAGACUAGCUAACCCAGCAGUGCUUCCUACUUUGCAAAGCACUCGCUUCUACCCUAUCAUUUCAUCCACAGCAGUUCUCUGAAGGUGUGAUUAUCUUUACUUCCUAAGAGGAGAUGGAGGCUCAAGGUGACACAGCCCGGAAACAUGUCUUCUAGACCCAAAUCUUGUGCUAAUGGCCUUGUCUGCCACAGCAGUACUAAUAAUAGUCCCCAUUUAGUGAGCCAUUGUGGACCUUGAGGGCUGGGAUAGGAAAGAUGUGGGUGUAGGGGCAUGGACAAGGGGAUUGCUCCUCACAGCACCAUACGGGAUGGCAAAGAACUGGAACACGGUAGUCGGCAAAACUUUCAAGUAUCAAUCAGCACGAUCAUUAUGUAAAAGGAGGUAUUAUCACCACUAGUGUUUUUGUCUGAUGAGAAAACUGAGUGUCAAAAAGAUGGACUAACUGGAGGCCACUGGGAAUCUAUCACUAGGGGAAUGAAUGGCUAAGGAAGGUGGACUCUGCCCGCAAGGGAAUCCUCUGCAGGGUCAGAAGCAACGAAGCGUGUUUAUGUAUGGCAUCAUGGACAAGGCUCACAUACCACUGAGGGAAAAUUAGAGUUAAUACCAUUAACAUAAGUUUGGAAACCCACAUGCAAAAUUACACUAAAUAUUUUUCUAGGGCACACAAAAUCUAAAUAUACUUAUGGAAAUAGAUUAGAGGGAAACAGCAUACACUAGAGUGGAUGCUUAUGGGAGGAAGGAAAUGAGAUUGAAUAUGGUGGAUGAGAGAGGAAAAUUAAAAAGGCUGCCUCCCAUGGGCAAAUGAUGUCAGUGUAUCAUAAACUGAGGCAUAUGAUCAACAUAAUUUGAUGCACCAGAGGUCCCUCAAAAGAGAGAAGAAUGGAAAAUAUUUGGGGCAGAAUCAUCAGAAUUUCUCCAGCAGACUGGGACUCCAGGGAGGUACAAAGACAACAGACAUUUUUGGGAUUGGCGAUGAGGGUUUAUAGAAAGUCUAUUCGGAGUGGGACAAAUGGGACCUAAUUAAAAUUAAAAGUGUUUGCAUAGCAAAGGAAACCAUCCACAAAACGAAAAGACAACCUACAGACUGGGAGAAAAUAUUUGCAAGUGAUGCUCCCGACAAGGACUUAAUUUCCAAAAUAUGCAAACAGCUCAUAUAGCCAGUAUCAAAAAAACAAACAACCCAGUCAGAAAGUGGUCAGAAGACCUAAAUAGACAUUUCCCCAAAGAAGAUAAACAGAUGGCCAACAGGCAUAAAAUCAAGCAGCACUAGCUCGAGCACAUGCUUAUCCUGACUCAUAAGGAAUCCAGACACUUCGCUCAUCCAGUGGGGUAGGGAUCCAGAGGCAACCUGACAGAAGGGCCAGCGGGGCAACAACAGAGCACUGGUUAGGAGUCAGGAGUGUAUUUGAGACCUUGUAUUGCUGUAGCUUACAUAACCUUGGACAAGUCACUUAGCAUUAUUCUUUGGGCCUCAUCUAUGAAGUUUUUCUCUGUGAAGUUCUGAUAUUUAUAAUUUGAUUGAAUAGUGCACAAAUAUAAGUGGCCAAUAAACACAUGAAAAAAUAUUCCAUAUAUUGAGCAAAAAUGUUCAAUAUCUCAUUAGGGAAAUGCAAAUCAAAACCACAAUGAGCUACCACUUCACACCGCUAGGAUGGCUAGAAUCAGAGAGACAGGUAAAACAAGUAUUGGCAAGGAGGAAGGGAAACUGGAACCCUCAUACAUUGCUGAUGAAAAUGUAAAAUGGUGCAGCUUUGGAAAGUAGCUUGGCAGUUCCACAAAACGUUAAACAUUUAAAGUUACUGUAUAAUCCAGGAAUUCCACUCCUAGGUAUUUACCCAAUUGAAAUGAAAGUAUAUGUCCCCACAAAAACUUGUACGUGAAUGUUCAUAGACAACAUUAGCCAUAUUAGCCCCAUAGUGAAACAACCCAAAUAUCCACCAACUGAUGAAUACACAUGAUGUGGUAUACCCAUACAAUGGGUAAUUAUUCAGCAUUUGAAAGAUGAAGUACCAAUACAUAACUACAACAUGGACGGACCUGGAGCACAUUAUGUUAACCGAAAGAAGCCAGUCACAGAGGCUGCAUACUCUAUGAUUCUAUGUAUGUGAAAUGUCCAAAGUAGGCAAAUCCAUAGAGAUAGAAAGUAGGGCCUAGAGGUGGUGGCAGGAGUGAGGAAUAAUUGCUGAUGGGUACAGGGUUUUUUCUAGGGGUAAUUUCAGGGGGUCUGAAAUUAGAUUGUGGUCAUGAUUGCACAAUUCUGAGAAUAUACUGAAAACUACUGAACUGUGUACACUUCGAAUGGUAGAAUUUUAGGAUAUGUGAAUUAUAUCUCA